AUGCGUCAACGUCGUUGGGUAGAAUUACUUGAUGACUACGACUACAAAAUUCGCUAUCACCCUGGCAAAGCGAAUGCCGAGGCCGACGCACUCAGUCCCAAAUCUCAUGUUAGCAGCAUUUGUUGUUCUCAAAUCACUAGCGAUCUUCAUACUCGCAUUCGUGAAGCUCAGUUUUCAUCUUUCAAUGAAGCAAACAUGUAUAACGAGAUGAAGUGUGGUGCUGAAAACGAACUCAUGACGAAAUCCGAUGGACUCCAAUACUACCUCAAUCGCGUUUGGGUAAAUCGUGGUGAACUUCGCGUAUUCAUAAUGAAGGAGGCACCCAAAUCACGAUACUCUAUUCAUCUUGGUGCUGAUAAGAUGUACCAUGACCUUCGUAUAUUCUAUUAG